AUGAAGGACGAACUCGAACCGCUCGUCGGCAAGCAAGGCUCCCAGUAUUGGGCUCACCUCGUCAGUUACAUCGAGAAGGAGAAUCCAGGGUGGGUGCGCGGCUCCAACGCGGUGCAGAAGCAGUGGCGCAAUCUUGUCUGCAUCUACAAGCAGCUCAAGAAAGGGGAGAAGGCGUCCGGCAAGGGCACGGUGUUCAAGCCGCCGUGGUUCCAGUACAUGGAGCUCUACCAGCACAAUCGUGCCAUCGCCAACCCGCACACCGUGGACGGCGGAGCCCCUCCUCCGCAGACCGCGCCUCCUUCCAAGCGCCCGCGAGUUGCUGAGACUGCCACCAUGGCCGCCGCCAAGCUCGUCUGUGAGACGAUCAAGGGGUGCCACACGGACGCAAUGAACAAGCUCGAAGGCCUCGUGCGCGCCUGGUUGCAGCAGGACGAGCGGAUUGCGCGUGAAUGA